AUGUAUCAUCUUUACACCAUCAGUAUCCUUGUGUUGACUGCAGUACAAAAUGUCUACUGUAUCCCUGAAGCCCUUCGCCAUCGUUCCGAAACAUGUGCUCCAAGCUUGAUAACUACCACGUACAUUAGUACUAUCUCGACGGUUAAGACAGUCCCACAUUCUUGCUAUACUCGCUCGAUUACCACCAUUCAGAACUCUUUCCCUUGCUCAGGAACAAAGUCCUUCGACCCUGCUACAUGUGGUCCCGUGCCAUUGUGUAUUCUUUUAUCGACGACUACAAUUACAGUGCCGCCCAGUGAUAAAUGUUGUGUAGCAACUCCAACAGUAACAGUUCCAGGCGCAUGUGCGAAAUGCCGAACAGGCUGUGCCACAGAUUUGACGACAGUGACUGUUACUGAAGGAGCAACACCGCUAUCCUACAAUCCAGGCGGUCCUCAAUUACCCCCAACCAAGAGACAAGGAGGUCCACUCAUUCCAUGCACGUCUACUCUAAGCCACUUCAAACAGUUUACCCAUGGGCCUACAAAAACGCUCUUUCCAUCUACAGUCACAGCUACUAGCAGCGUAGAUUGUGCAGGCUGUGGCGCUUUGAGUGUGAAGCCUAUUGGAGGUGUCGGUCCUGCUGUAAUAUUUACGACAACCGUAACGGCAGAUGUGCCAACUACUACUACGACUUUUGUUUGCUCCCCAACGCCGGCAUAG